UUACAAAAAGAAAAUCACCUGAAUUCUGAGGAUCCACAUGUCAACCCUAAGGAAUCCGAGGUCCAAACAAGAAGAAAUCGCUACCAAAACCAGAGGGGGUUCAUUCAAAACCGCCCUCGACGGAGGGAGAGCGGCGGCGGGAGAAAGAAGCCGAGCAAAAGGGUGUGGCGGCUUCUCGUCCAGGCGCGCCAGAUUCAGGUCGAAUCAAUCUUUUAGGGUGACAUAAAAUGAAGGACAGCGAGGGGACCCAUGAUUUUGAUGGUUCUGAGCUUGACAAGAAGGCAACUUCACUUCAUAAUCAGUUCUUGAUGCAGUUAUCAUUGUAUAGUUCCAAUGAUGUCAUCAUGCACAGGGUGGAAAUUGCAACUUCUCCUUGUCCUGACAAGGAGGUUUCAUCAGCCAUCCUUAAUUUGCCACUAAAGAGUCUUAAGCGGGAUGCAACUGAGGAGGAGGCGAUUAGAUGGAGACUUGAAAAGAAUGGCUUUCCCUUUGUCCUUUCAGACUCGGAGUGUGGUGAUUCUUCAUAUGAUAGCUCUUUCAGCGAGCAGUCAUCUACAAUCAGUACCCCAAGUACACCAUUCACAGUACAGUCAGAUACUCAGUCUGAGGAUCUUGACAGAACAGAUAUAUGGGUCUCUUCUUUAGAUCUUGAUGCAGAGGAUUCUGCUUUGCUGCCAGGCAAGGAACAGUUUCUUGAUAUUCUCGAUUCUGACUUUCCCAGUCCUUCUUUCAGUGCAGUCAGAAGCCUCCAAUGUGGUCCUCCCAGUUCUAGUGCAGGAACAUCGCAAAGGAAAGAAGCUAACGACUCUGAUGAGCCAAUAUUCUGGCCAUUUGAGCGCACUUGCUACAACAGUCCUGAAUUUGACAAAUUUCUCAGUGUGUCGCCUCGUAGAAACACAAUGGAUAUUGGGUAUGCUGAAGUUCGUCAGUUAAAUCCAGUCUUGCAGAGGCUCCAUAAGAACAAACUUGCUUCAGCAAAGAAGAGCGCUGAACUGCAUAGAGGGACUACCAAUUCAGGCACAAAAGGAACCAAAGCCUCCUCUCAAGCGAAGAUUCAGAAGGCGCCAGCAGUUCCCUCCAGGUUGAGCAGGACAACAAAAGCGUCUGCACCCUCCAGUCACCAGGUGCCAAGCAACUGUCAGAGAAGAAGGCCGCCUCACUUGAAACUUGGCGCCCCAAGAAGGGUCAGCGCUCCAAAGUUACAGACAGAUCAACCUCUUAAAGAGACUGGAGCACGCGACACCCAAAAACUAGCGGACAAAAAGAGUCGGAUCGAAGAGUUGAUUGGAUUGGAUGAGUUUGAUGGCCAUGAAGGCAUCGGUUUGGAUUCUCCAGAUUACCAAUUCAGUCUAUGGCUGUCUCCAAAAUGUCAUGAUACAACAAUCAAGCAUGAGCCAUCUGCAUAGGUCCUUCCAUAGUUCUGUAGCUAUCAGCAGCCUUCUGUACGAUACCAUGCCACAGUACGUUGUAGCAAAGGCAAUCAGCAGCCUUCCUUGCAGCAUGGUUGUUGUCCAAGUUUGCAAAGACGUAUGUCUGCAUCCGUAAGAGCAAGUGCAGCAGUACAAGUGGCACUUGUGUUCUUCAGAGAAUUCGUCCCGUGGGCGUGGCGGCUUGUUUGGCAGGCGGAGAACUAUUCAGAUUUCAGAGGUUCUCAAAAUUUCGUUCAGAUUCAGUGAGUGGAUUCAGAUGUCACCAAAAGCUUGAAAGCUGUCGCUUCCGUAGCAGAAGCGCACACUACAAAACUCUUCUGUUCAGAAACUGAUGGCCUACGAAGCUCUGGCGCCGGCGUCAAGGAGAAGGAACACCCAUCUCAACAGUGCCCAUGUCAAGAUUUUUGUGUGCGUGUAUAUUCAUCUUAUCUGCCGACCACAUCGCUGUAAAAGAUCAGAAAGAGAAAUGUGUAUGAGACGAAAUGGUUUGUUA